AUGUAUAGCAUUACAGCCGACCUGGAAGAUGACGAUCCUAGCACCAGAGAAUUCUACGACAGCCUGCAAAGGUGUCAGGAACCUCGGCUCGCAUGGAUGGAACGUACGUUAAAGAAGGGGUUGAGCUAUCAGUUACGAAAGUUCAAGGCAAAUCUGAUGCAAAUCCUCAUAAAGGAUAGAUACAUCGACAUACGAUGCCUUGAUGCAACCAGAGUAGUUCUUCGAGAUAAUCCAUCAGACUAUAUAAAUGCCAAUUACAUUGUAUCAUUGACUGGACGGAGGUUUAUAUGCACGCAGGCCCCAUUAGAGAAAACUAAAGAAGACUUCUGGAAAAUGGUUGUACAAGAACGGUGUCGAACGAUUGUAAUGCUAUGUAGCGAUGUUGAUGAGUGUAAGGAUAAGUACGCAAAUUAUCAUCCAACCCGUGUCGGUGAUCAGAUGGUUGUGGGAAAAACUAUAAUUACUUCAAUGACACAAUUUAUCUCAUGCAAGUUGGGCUACACAGUUUCGAUACUCGAAGUGCAACAUGCACUGUCUCGAUUCAAACUAAGCCAUAUUCAUUGUACGUCAUGGCCUGAUCAUAGCGCACCAAAAGACAGCACUUGUGUAAUAGCGAUUCACAAAAUGCUCUUGCAAAAUCAUCUAAAACGUCCAGUCGUCGUUCACUGUUCUGCUGGAAUUGGAAGAACCUGUACGUUUGUUGGUAUAGAACUUCUACUGGAACGUAUUCUUCUUCGGCGUAAUCCAUCAGCGAUUUCCAUUGUGCGUCUGAUGAGACGUUGUCGUAUGGGAGCAGUUCAAGCAUCGGUGCAAUUCAUUUUCAUGCAGCUUGUUGUAAUGGAAAUGUUCUGCGAG